AGUACACGCUUCGUUAGGGACUUUUCUGUAACUCUGUCAUCCCUCCACCCAUCGUACCUCCACCCGGCGGCGGCGGCGGCGGCGGCGGCGCCAUGGCUAAGAGCGGCAAGUCGACGGAGGCGGCGAGCACAACGGCCCCUUCUCCUCCAACCCCGUCUCCCUCCGUAAAGGCUAAGGCGAGGAAGCGGCUGGAGAUCGAGGGGUACCCUGUGGAGGGCAUCUCCAUCGGCGGGCAGGAGACCUGCGUCAUCUUCCCGACGCUGAGCCUCGCCUUCGACAUCGGUCGGUGCCCGCAGCGCGCCGUGUCGCAGGACUUUCUCUUCAUCUCCCACGCCCACCUCGACCAUAUCGGGGGCCUCCCCAUGUACGUGGCCACGCGGGGGCUCUAUAGGCUGCGCCCGCCCACUAUCUUCGUCCCCAAGUACCUCAAGGAGCUCGUCGAGCAGCUGUUCGACGUGCACCGAGCCAUGGACCAGUCCGAGCUCAAGCACACCCUCAUCCCACUCGACGUUGGCGAGGAGUAUGAGCUCAGGAGGGACCUCAAGGUCAAGGCCUUCAAGACCUACCAUGCCAUACCCAGCCAGGGGUAUGUGAUAUACUCGGUGAAGCAAAAGCUCAAGCAGGAUUAUCUCGGUCUUCCGGGGAGCGAGAUCAAAAGGUUGAAGUUAUCAGGUGUGGAGAUUACCAAUACAGUCACAACACCUGAGGUUGCCUUUACUGGAGAUACGAUGUCAGAUUUCAUUCUCGAUCCUGAUAAUGUGGAUGUGUUGAAGGCCAAAAUUCUUGUAGUGGAGAGUACUUUCCUUGAUGAUUCUGUUUCCAUUGAGCAUGCAAGAGAGUAUGGGCACACGCACUUGUUCGAGAUUGCAAGUCACUCUGAUAAGCUUGAAAACAAGGCCAUUCUACUAAUUCACUUUUCGGCUCGUUAUACAACAGAGGAAAUUGAUGCAGCGAUAAGCAGGUUGCCACCAUCUUUUCAAAGCAGAGUUUAUGCGUUGAAAGAGGGCAUCUAAAUAUGGGCUGAGUUAGUCAACCUUUUUUCUUCUUUUUCCCUCUGAACAACCAGUGUUUGUGUAAAAAACUUUGGUUUUGUGGUAUGGCAUCAUAGCAGUGUUCUUGACA